UGCGACAGAUGGCGCUUUCUGAAAACGAAGCGCUUGUUAAUCGAAUAGCAUUUUUGGAUGAAAGACAAAAUAUUUUUGUGUGCUACUGUUUGUUUGUCGGAAAUAGUUUAAUUGUUUAACAGUUCACUUAACGAUUGAAUUGAUUGUUGAAUAAUAUUAUCAAACAACAUUAUUAAAGGACUACAGCGAAGGAAGCUUAUAAAUUUCCUCCGCCUAGCAUCGUUUUUGUUCUCCUGAAAAUACUUGGUAUUUCAAUAAUGGAAGGAGGAGGUGUGUUGACCGCGGAACGUAGUCCUGCCCGCGCUAAUUUACAUGUUGCUUUUACUGAGAAAGGGGAAGUAAAAGAGCGUCGAGAAAAAUUUCUCACGGCAAAGUAUGGUUCUCAUCAAAUGUCUCUUAUUAGAAAGAGGUUGGCUGUAGAAAUGUGGUUGUUUGAUGAGCUUCAAAAACUUUACGAAACUGUGAACGACACGGGAAAGAGUCGAGAAGUCGAAGUCGAUAUUGAUGAACUUCUUGAUAUGGAUAGUGAUGAUCAUAGACGAAGUUUUUUACAGGAACUUCUUGUUGAUGCAAAGAAACCACCUCAUGAUGUUAAAAAAUUCAUCAACGAUUUGUUGGAGAAGGCAAAAACUCUGUGAGGAGUUGACAUUGACUACGGGGUGUAUCUUUAUAACGAAUUUCAAAAUUUACGCAUGUUCCAAAUGCCAAGGCCUUUCAAACAAGUUUCGGAUUUCUACUUAAAAAAAAAAGAAUGGACCUUCUGGAAGUCAGUAAUCCUUAAUUUUAAUUUUAAUCUUAAUCCGAAAUAUGAAUAUCAGUAUAUAAUUUGACAAAGUUUGUAUUGAAUUGUUUCAUAUUGAAAACAAAGGUCAGUACUUGUGGUGAACCAUCGAAAUAUUUAGUGAUGAUUUUUAGAUAUAAUUUUUGUGCGCAUCGCACAAUACACACCGCAGCUACUAGUAGAGAAAAACUGCCUAAUCGCUGAACUUGAAAAGUGAAUUUUUGUAGAAUAGUAGACUGUCAUUUAGGGAGAAAUUAAGGCCAGUAACCCCAAGAAACGAUUUUGUUUUCACUUUGGAAAAAAGAUCGCCUUUCGUCUAACAAAUAUAAAAUGUGUACUUGAGAUUAAAUACUAUUUAUGUAAUUAUUCUCGACACAUUCUUGCCAAUUCGUUAUAAUAGAAGGUACAAAAGUCAUGACGAACAAAAGAAGUUAGUUUUAAUUCGUACACUAUCAUAUUAAGUGUUCUCUUAGGUACGUUAAUGAAUCAAAACUAGUUUUUGACAAGUAAAUUUAAUUUACUUUAGUGGCACUUUAGUUUUUUUAUUCAUUAUUCUCAAGACAGUCGUUCUAUUUUAUUUUAGUAAACACCGUCAUCGAAUAUUAGUUACUUCCAGAUUCUUAGAUAAUUCAGUGCGAAUGAAGUGCCAAAUAGCUCAUAUUUAUCGUGCAACAAAACACCAGAUUUUUAGACUGUCUCAUCAAAAAAAAAGAAUUUUAUUACUAGAUUCUUAGAAUUGUCAUUAUCUUAUAUCAUUUUCAUAUCAUCCAAAUAUGUAAAUUUAUAUGGUGUUGAAAUUUUAAACCGUCGCCGCAUUCCCGAAGAAAAGAUCUCAAAGGUUUUGAACCGAUUUUUUUUAUGGUACUUAAAUUUUACUAAAAUUGGUACUAACCGAAAAUCGAUUAUAUUUCAUGAAAGUAAUUUUAGCAAGAUUGUCAUGAAACGUAAGACUUUUAAAGCCGUCCGAUUUUCAAAUACUCAACAUUUUUCUUUCUUUAUAAAUUUUCUUUAAAUUUCUUUAAUUAUUCUCGUUCGAAUUAAGAUUUAAGGAACUUUGUUUUUAAAGUGAUUGCAUUUGAAUGAUUCUCUGAUAGUAGUUUUAUUUUUGAGAUUGCAAUAGUUGUCCUUAAAGCCUUUGUAGAUCUUUAUUUUCUAGAUGAAAGAAGUCAUUCCUGAAAUUAAAUCACAUAUCUUGAUUACAGCACACCAUAUCUGGGUCUUGAGAAAAAAAAUAAAAAAAUAGAUUAGGUGACUCGUUGUAUUUCGGCUUCGGUAGCUAAGAAAAUUUCUGGUGCUGUUCCCUUUUAUUAGGAACACAGCUGAAUCAAGUGUUCGAAUAUCUUUAUACUAUUUGUUGAUAGUUUUCAUUAGUUUAUUACAGAUUGAAUGUUUUAAAAAUUCUAUUUAAGCCCCUUGUUAAUUGCAAUUUUUAGGAGACAGUGUUUUAUGAUCUCUUUAAGAGAGUAAUUUUUUCUUUUAUUUUGGGAAAUGAUCCUGAUUGAACCCAGUAGUGACCUAGUUCAUUUUUCUUCGUAUUAGGUAAGAAAUAAUUAAUCUCGAAUCAGCGUGAGCUUUGAAAUUUUUUAUUUAAACAGCUUUGCAUUUUAAAAAGGCAUUAAAUACGUUUUUUGUCAUUAGAUGUGUGUGCGUGUGUCUUUUCUUUUUAGAAAAUUAAUUUUCUAUUGACUUUUAUCUCUUAAAAAUUAGAAAGUAACAUAAAUUCAUGUAAUGAAUCAAAAUGUCGUUAAAAUUUUGCACAGCUUAUCCAAAGUAACAUUUAAUUGUUAUAAAUUUAAUCAAAGUGUUACACUAAAUUAUUUAGUCAUCUUUUAAAUUACAAAGUCUAAAGAUUUUGUAAUCUGUUUUAAAAAGUUAAGAGAAUUUUAGUGUUAUGAAAAAAGAAGGUUUUUAACGAACAAAAACAAUGGAACAAUCCAAAGAACAUUUUUAUAUUUUAGAAAAAUCCAAACACGCUUCCUUUUCUAUAAGAUGUAUUUUUAUUUCUUGCAUGAACUCCAUGCAUUUUUUUGCAUUUAUUAUUUUAUAUAAUGUUAGGUAUAGGAAAUUGACAAAAUUGAAAUUUUACAAUUAGAUGAAAAAUUGUCAACAACGAUUAGAAAAAUUUAUAGAAUAUGGUGCUGUUUUCUUUGUCAUUUUCCUAUUUCAACGACUGUGCAUUUAUAUUAUAAUAUUUAACUUAAAUUAUGUUUGGGCAUUAUUAUAUGUAUACACUCUAUAUAGUAGAAUUUUUAACAGUAUAUUAAUGAGCAAGAAUUUACCCAAAAAAAUAUUCCAUUAAAGAAAAUGACUUUGCAUUGAAAUUAUUUUUCCAAAAAUUAAUUUCAAUCUGCCUAAUUAUGUCAAUAUUGCAAAAAUUAAAUUUUAUGGUAAUAUUCUUUGCUGCGUUCUACGAACAUAAUUUAAAAAAAAAAUUUUUUCUCUUGUGUAGAAAUUUAAAAAUGUACACAAAGACUUGAAAAACAAUCGAUAUUUACAGACUAUUUAAUUUUGAAAAUAUUUUCAUACUUUGUACACAGCUUUUUAAACUAAGCGACACGUUAAUUGCCAUUUUAAACAAUUUUAAAAAAACAAUGCAAAAUUUAACCGCCGAGAACUGUUUUUCUUGCUAUUUCCAUUAUUGAAUUAAGAAAUUUUAGAAUUAAAAUUAACGUAGAAGUAAAAUUCUUUAACUGUGAAAUUUAAAGACUUGCUUAAAAAAUAUUUUACAUUACAGAAAGAAAAAAAAUAGAAAACAAAAGACAUUUGAUAUUAACACACGGAGCUGCUCAAUUAUAGAUUAAGAAUAAAAUUAUAGAAAUAAGAAAUAAUUCUUGGCAGUUAACGUGUAUUAAUCUCAUAUUUAAUCGUUGCUCAAAAAAAAAAAUAAAUAAACCGAUACGAAAUAAAAAUAAUUUUGUGAAAAUGAAAUUGUCACCGUGUUUCUGUGUUUACAAAUUAAUAAUAUUUUUUAAUUGUAAGCUCAGGGAAAUUCAGCCUGAUGUACUUUCUUUUGCAAGGAAACAAUUUCCGCUUUUAUUAUAUAUAUACUUCCCGACUGGUUGUGUGGUAAAAUAUAAUUUUUCAUGUAACAAUCAUCGCCUGGCACACUAUAUCUUGAAAAUUAUGGGAAAAAGAGCACAUAAGUUUCAUCAGCUUCAUUUAUACACUCAUGCCUUAAAAAUAUCGCAUACAUUAUAAAUAUCUAAUCGAAAAUAGUGAGUUCAAAAAAAGUGAAUAACUGCAAUACUUUAGAAUUUUUCAGAAAAUUCUAUAAUAAUAUAAUAUUUACGAAUAAUCGACGAGGACUUGAAUUUUUGUUUCUCGAGCAAAUAAAGAUAAUAUUUCGCACAAAAAAGGCUCGACACUUCCCUCGUUGAUUUUCUAAUUAGAUUUACAACAAAUAUGAUUGUGCUGUGAUAUAAAAAAUCCGAGUCUUUUGGCGAUUACUUAUAUGAGUUCAUGAAAAAAGCUAAAAUAUUGCAUAAAAUUAAAAAUAAAUAAUACUAAUAAGUGUACUAAAAAGUUGAUAAAAAAAAGUAGAAUGUAAAGUAAAACAUUGCAAACGUAUAUUUACUUUGAUAGGCAGUAUGACUAGUGGUGAACAAGUCGUAUUUUCUGAUUUUUAUACAUGUGUGUAUGCCUGUGAAAUAUAUUUAAAAAAAUUUUCGAAUGAAUAGUACGGAUAUAUCACGGUAACAAAGUCCAUUUUUUAUUUCUUGACUGCAAAAAAAGAAAAAAAAACAAAGUUGCUCUUAUUUUCACAAUUUUAUUAUUGAACUGAACUCAAUUGAGGUGUAAUCAACGAAAUGUUUAUAUUAUUUCCAUUUUAUGCGAAAUUAAUAGUUGCAAUAUACAUAUACGAAUAAACAAAAGAAACUGAAA